UCCGUUCUCGUGCGCCGCCCUCGCCCCCCUCGACGAGCACAGCGAGCGAGCGCGUCUCCCGCGACACCGUCCCCCGCUUUCUCGCCGCAGCCGCCACCGCCGACGCCGACGCCGCACCACCGACAUGGGUACAUGAGGAUUGGCGUGCAGUUGCGAGUGCUGGCCAGUUCGAAAAUGUAACACGCCGCCCGCGAAACGACGCGAGAGGAAACUUGCGCCCACGGUGGAGAUGCACGAGGAGAUGGUAUUCUGGGGGGCGUCACGCGCCGUCGUCGCCGCGCCGUCUCGAGCCGCUGGAAAACACUCGCUCUAAAUCGAAGAACCCCUUACGUUCGCUGGCAUAAAUUUAAACUAGCAAACUCUGCCGAAAUCAUCCGAUCGAGAAGCUCGUAAAAAGUGCAAUAAAUUGUUUUGGUUUUUGACGUAGACAGACUUGAAAUAUGAACGUGCAAACAAAACGAACGCUGUGAAUUCGCAAUUCACGCUUAAACUUUUAAAAAUCUCAGCAAAGCAAACUAACAAAUCUUUAAGUUUUAAGUUUUUAAGUGCCAAAUUUUUCGCCGUUUAUUGUUGUGUUUUUUAUUUAACUACUGCCUGUGCAAUGGUUGAAGAAACGUCGAAGCGGCAUGGAUGUAACAAGCAAUAAGUCCUGAAAGCAUUUCCAAUCUCACCCAUCAGAAUCAAAUCGUCUCUGAACGCAUAUUGAAUUUUCCAGAAGGUCUCGGCGAAUCUGCGGGAGCGACGUUAAAAAUGCCGCAAGCGCCGAACCCAUUAAUGAAGCCCUUCGUGGUGCUCGCCCUACCCGGCAUGUAUCUCUUCUACAAGUACAAUCAGUACAAGCGCAAGCGGAAGGAGAAUGCCAAGCGACGCCUCACCGAACGUGAAUUGCAGCAUUUGAAUAAUAAAAUUGACAAAUUGCUGAACAAGCUCGAGGAGAACGAACCGGAACUGGCAACAUGUCAGGAGGAAGAGUGUGUGAUUUGCAUCAACGCCAAGGCGACGAUGCAGACAUCUCCCUGCGGCCAUCAAGUCGUCUGCCGGAAGUGCUUCGUCAAGACUAUCCAAAUCGCUGUAUCGCAACGUCUGCUUCCACUCAGAUGCGUUAUAUGCAGAGCCAAGAUUUUAAGACUCAAGACUGGUCCGAUUUUGCCAUCGUCAGCGAGCGGUUACUCGGUGAAUUCCAGGUCUUCCUCAGUGCCACAGUCGGACAGUCUGUACAGCGUCAGCAGCGGCAACUCGUCGAUAUCUUCCACGUCGUGUUCUUCCGAGAGCAGCGCUGGCUGCCGAUCAGCAGGCGGGGGCGGCACGGCCGCUUGCUGUAUCAGCGGUCAUUGCCUUGGUGGUGCUUAUCCACGGCAACCCACCGGAGCACUUCGUCGCUCCCAGCAACAUGCGAUGAAGAUGAAACUGCAGGAGUACUGCAGGAGUGACAAAAAUGGUCAUCCUGUCAAUCGUCUGCCGCCGAUCAAGGAAAUCAGCACUGCUAGUCCCACGCACAAUGCUCCACCACCUGCAUCUACUCGCAUCAGAUGUGCACAAAAAAUAGUUACUCAACUAGAAACCGGAAGGAUAUCCACGAGCAGUCGUAAAGGAAAGUAUAAAUACGAGAAGCUACCGCAGCAGGACGAAGAAGACCCGGUUGUGGCACCUCCUAACUCAACAACACCAGCCGCCUCCGCAUCCAACUCCGCCAGUUCUUCUGGAUCCACUUCUUCUUCAUCGAAAGCACCAUGCGAAUCCACUGCGUCCACCAGUAAAGACGCUGUCAAGCCCAAGGAGAAGCAGCGUUGGUGGGGCGAUCGCAAGCACAAGGAACGCACCAAAAGCGAAGAGCGCAUCGAUAACAAAAAGAACGAGAUCACCGAGAAGCACAUGGAGAUGAAGCACAAGCUCUUCCUUAAUGAAUUAAAACGCGACGAGAAGAACGCCAAGAAGGAGCAGAAAGGCAAAUGCAAAGAUGGCGCCAUCAAGGAAAACAAAGUAUAAACAAUCGUGCGCUUGACAAACCUCAAAAGUCAAUCGAAGUGAAGAAUCGAAGCAUCCAAGUAAUCAAAGGAACGAGACAGACACCAAAUCAUAAAAUUCUCAAAAUUAAAGAGCCACUCGUCAAUUUCUUAUAUAUUUGAAACCAACUUAAUAGCAUUUUUAAACUGCCCCUCAGAGAUGAACCCAUUUUAAACGUUUUCAUGUUAGAGCAAGACCUCAUGAAGUACGAUUACAAGACGUAGAUGAUGUUUUUUAGCUCGAUGUGUGACACAGUAAUUACUUUAUAAAAUGAUUAGCGCGCCAUCUCGAGCCUAAGCGAGCGCGAGCAUUUUUAGACUGAUUUUCAAUCCUUUGAUCCCCUGAUUGACGGAUACACACCGCGUUAAUAAGCGCUGAGCGUUGAUAGAAUACAACUCUAUUGUAACAUAUUUAAUGUAACGGUUUAAUUACUUACAUAGCAAUCAAAACUAAUGUAAAUAUAUCAAAACGAACGAGAUGCAGAUGAGCGAAUGCAUGCGUGUAAUAUAUAAAUGAAAUUAUAAACGAGAGUCAAUGUAAAAAGUUCGUGAGCUGCACUGAAUCGCAUUCUUGGAUCUCACUCAAAACCAUUGGGAAUUCAUGCAAAAAGCCGCUGUUUUUAUUGUAAGAAUUACCGGCUACGGGCCGUGUGUAUUAACAAAAACGUAAUUGAACUAAGUAACUAGUUUACGAUAUCAUAAUGUGAUGUGAAAACGAAUGCCGAUCCAUGUUUUUAGCGUUUUAACUAAACUACAAAGAAGUUCAAACAAAUGAGUCCCCACAAAAAGCAAACACACCCGGCAUCUAAUCGAAGCGCCCGCGCAAAGCCACACAAUGCAAAAAAUCUUCAAAUGACAAAUUGCGAAUGACGCAAUUAACAAGUGCCAAAACUGUUGAUUAGUGCGCACAAUACCUGCAAAAAUAAAACGCAAGCGAGAGACGUUCAUCAAUUGUAAUCAAAAUUCACUCAGAUGUGUGUCCAUGUGGACAAUGGACAACCCAAUGCCUGUAGCAACGUACAUAUCUACUGAUAAUAAUUAAUUGUUAACGAAUAUAAUCAAAACCAAAAAAUGGACAACAGACUGCGGGCGGCGGCGAUUAGAGGCACACUAUUACUAUUCGUAUACAGUUGACAGUAUAAAUGUAACACGUUUCAAAAUCAACACACAGCAAAGAAAUAUUGCAGAUGCAAAAUGUGGCAAUAAUCUUCUAAUAACAAAAGAGAAAAAAACAAACGUAAAACUAAACAUAUUAAUGUAAGACCUUAAGUCAUCUAAUAGUAUUCCAAUAACUAAUAAGUACGACGUAAUAAAUUAAUUGUUAUGAUUAACAAAAAAGCUGGCAAUGAAAGCAAGUAAUGUAAUGUAAUGUAAUGAUUUCGGUAAGAUGUCAACACGUAAACUGUGACGGACGUGCAAAUGUGUGGAAAACUAAAACUUCAAAACCCUAGCAAUUAUAUAGGCAUGUAAGUGUUGUACGCGAGUUGUACCUACCUACAAUGACUAUGACUACCCGAUAAGAUGAAAUAAUAUACUAAUGUGAAUAGAAUUUUAGUUUUGUAACUUUGAGACGAUAAAAUUUAAGAGAGUUAAAGAGAGUUAUAAGCUACCAAUGCUAUUUCAAACUAUUUUAGACGAACCGUGCGAAAUUUACACAUUUUUGCGCGCUGCGCAGCAAGAUUUUCGCGUGGAAAUGCAAGUGUUACCAAAAUGAUAAGCGUACGUUUUUGUAUAUGAGCUGUUACGUGUUGAAUAUCGAAUGUGAGAUGAGGAUCACGGAGUGCAAGAAAUAAAUGGAUAACGGACUAAAUAUUAUAUAAAA